CGGGCCCGGCUCGGUUCCGGCUCCCGCGGCGGGGCUGAGGCGGGCGGGCGCCGCCAUGGUGUGAGGGGCGGGGGCGAAGGGGCCGCGCCGGAGCCAUGAACCUGCUCCCGGCUAACCCGCACGGGAACGGGCUGCUCUACGCCGGCUUCAACCAGGACCAUGGAUGCUUUGCAUGUGGAAUGGAAAAUGGAUUCCGAGUUUAUAAUGCAGAUCCACUCAAAGAAAAAGAGAAACAAGAGUUUCUAGAAGGUGGUGUUGGCCAUGUGGAAAUGUUGUUCCGUUGCAAUUAUUUAGCACUAGUAGGUGGAGGAAAAAAGCCGAAGUACCCACCCAACAAAGUCAUGAUCUGGGAUGACCUGAAGAAGAAGACUGUCAUUGAGAUAGAGUUUUCCACAGAAGUCAAAGCAGUGAAGCUACGAAGGGACAGAAUUGUGGUAGUCUUGGACUCAAUGAUUAAAGUUUUCACGUUCACACACAAUCCCCACCAGCUGCACGUCUUUGAAACCUGCUACAACCCUAAAGGUCUCUGUGUCCUUUGUCCAAAUAGUAAUAAUUCUCUUCUUGCAUUUCCUGGAACACACACUGGGCACGUGCAGAUCGUGGAUCUGGCUAACACGGAGAAGCCUCCUGUGGACAUCCCAGCUCACGAAGGAGUCUUGAGCUGUAUCGCUUUGAACCUGCAGGGAACAAGAAUUGCAACAGCAUCAGAAAAAGGGACCCUCAUAAGAAUAUUUGAUACUUCAUCAGGGCAUUUAAUCCAGGAGCUACGUCGAGGAUCACAAGCAGCCAACAUAUACUGUAUUAACUUCAACCAGGAUGCUUCCCUCAUCUGCGUCUCCAGUGACCACGGCACAGUCCACAUUUUUGCUGCAGAAGACCCAAAAAGAAAUAAGCAGUCAAGUUUGGCCGCUGCCACCUUUCUCCCCAAAUACUUCAGUUCCAAAUGGAGUUUUUCCAAAUUCCAGGUUCCCUCAGGCUCUCCAUGCAUUUGUGCCUUUGGAACAGAGCCAAAUGCAGUCAUAGCAAUAUGUGCAGAUGGCAGCUACUACAAGUUCUUAUUCAACCAAAAAGGGGAAUGCUCAAGGGAUGUGUACGCUCAGUUCCUAGAAAUGACAGAUGACAAGCUCUGACUGAGGGGAGGGGAGUGCACGGCUCAAAGCACUGCCUCGGCCCCCCUGCACCUUUGAGGGACAGAUCUGAGGAUCCAGUACUGAUCCAGAAGUUCAGCAGAGCUCAUGGAGAAGCCUGGCUCAACAUGAUCACAAGCAGCUCUGAAGUAGUGGACUACGUAUGUUUGUUCUCAUUACUGCAAGUAUUCAUCAUUAAAAUCUCUUUGGGUUACUGUCACCAACUCAAGUUUUCAAGAUGUGGCUUUCAACAAACUUGUGCCUAUUGGGUUUCUCUUUAGUCCAAACUGUGACAUGACUGUAGCUCCAGCAAGAGUGCCUGCCACAGGGAAAGCUCUGCAGGGGCUGUCCACACCUUCGGCUGGCUUAGGAACAGGGACGUGAAAGCAGAAGAUUUUUGGCAUUGCUUCACUUCCACUGCAUGGCUGGGAGCAGGAGAACACUGGGUCAUGCUUUCUCCAGCAGGAGUCCUGCCUCCCCCUCCCCUGGCACAGCUGAGGGAACAGGAAAGGUGACAAGUAUGGAGCAAGGGACACCUGUAGAUCAUGUCCUGCUUGUCCUCUGACCUGGUGCCUGGGGCUGGGUGGCCCUGCCAGUGCUGCUUCAGGUGAGGGAUCAGCAGUACCUGUCCAAGGUGCCAGACUCUGAAGCAGCUGGAGGCACCUUUGGGCGAGGGCUGACCCAACUCCCCUGUCCUGUGUGAGCACAGCAAGCACCCAGGGCUCCUGCAGUUGUAGAGCCGAUUCCUUCCAUAAUCCAACAGUCAGUACUGGUGUGGCAGCUGUGACACUGCUGCCAAACUACUGCCAAACUGCUGCAGCUGGGAGGCUGCAGAGGCCAUUUCCAUGUCCAGCACAAGAACUGAACAAAGUGGCAGGAAGUUCCAUGUCUGCAAUGGCUUUAAACUUGCAAACUUGUCUUUUUUUUUUUUUUUUUUCCUUUGAGCUGUCACAUACUAUUGCUGCUGGCCCAGGGACAGGUAGGUUAGACUGAACCCACUGACUUGUACACUCUUCCCCAAAAAUUGUUACCCUAUUCCCUGCUGACCUAAGGCACAAGCUCCUAACCCAGAACCUGAGAUAGCCCCAAGUUCAGCAUCAGUGGCACUAAACACUGGGGCAGGGAGGUCUUGCUCUUCUGAAAGCUAAUUUCACAGAUGCUUCAGUCCUGACACUCUGACUUCAGUUGCAAACUCUCUAACUUUGACAAGUCCCUUUUAGAGUCAUGUAACCUACUAAGGACUAACUUACCAUGUUGAUGUCAAGGUUGCAUGUUGCUUUUAUGCGUAUUUAACCACAGGAAUUGUUUUGCACACUUAUUUGUAAUAUGUUAUUUCUUUUAAAUAAAAGUGACUAACUUUGCUGUAUUCACCUGUAUGGUCACAGGCAUGGUUUCCAUUGCUUCAGGCUGGGGAAUAAACAUGUGAGUCAAUAGUGGUGACUGGUGAAGGACAGGAGCUGAACCUGCUGCAUGAAGAGGGGACAGGAGCACGUGAGCCACUGCCUGGGACAGGCACCUUGUUGUCUGUCCAACUUGCCAGAGCAAACCAGCUCUUGUUCAGCACUUACCUCACCAUUGCCCCACUGCUGGGCUGAGGCUCCUCAGCUUGGAAGAGCUGGAGCAGCAGAAGGACCUGGAAGGUCAUUUUGCAGAGAAGGAUGCGAUGGGGAAGCGCUGGAGCCGCUCCCCAAGGGUGAUGUACAUCCCUCCCAGCACCAGGAAACUCCUCAACUCCUCCAUGCAGCUCUGCUGGGCCUCAGCUCUGCUGCACCAACCCCCUGCCCUCCUGUCUCAUCCUAGAGCUAACAAGAGACUGAACACACAUUUCUGGGGAAGAUUUAAACUCUUCUAAACAUGUAAAAGCUUCCUUGAACCUCUGCUCCAAUGUGGCAGCAGGAAUGGAACUAACACACCUGUGCAGGCAGCCAGUAGUGCUACACUACCCUGGAAUGCCCUAAUACACCUCAGAUUUCUUGUGCUACCUGCAAAGGGCUGUGAUUAGGUACAGCUGUUGUACAGUGAACAAAUCCAACACAGGACUGAGUGUUCCCAGCUGGCUCUGGCCCCAGGCUGCUCUGCCAGUGCUUUACUGCAUCACUCGCUGCAGCACUGCCUCUGUGGAUGAAUUUACCCAGUGUUUGCACAGCUCUACAAUCAUGGAACAGUGCUCAGUCAGUCACUUUUUGGGAAAAGGAAUGGUGCGUUGAGGAUUGUGGGCUCUGCACCUGGCACUGAUGGACUGAUGGUGAUAGCAGAGGGCCACAGGAUCACCCCCAGCCACCAGGAAAGCAGAGAGCUGGCACAGCAAGUCUAACACACAACUGUUCCUGGAACACAACCUAUUGCCACCAGCAGCUGCUCUUAAAUACAGGGAUUAGCAGUUUCUUUUGUAUUAAAAAGUAACUCAAC